AUGCGCACCACAGAGAUCUAUGCCUCCAUCAAUGUACAGAUCUAUGCCUCAAUCAAUGUACAGAUAUAUGCCUCCAUCAAUGUACAGAUAUAUGCCUCCAUCAAUGUACAGAUGUAUGCCACCAUCAAUGUACAGAUCUAUGCCUCCAUCAAUAUCUAUGCCUCCAUCAAUGUACAGAUAUAUGGCUCAAUGUACAGAUCUAUGGCCAUCAAUGUACAGAUCUAUGCCUCCAUCAAUAUACCUAUCAUCAAUGUACAGAUCUAUGCCUCCAUCAAUAUACAGAUCUAUGCCUCCAUCAAUAUCUAUGCCUCCAUCAAUGUACAGAUCUAUGCCUCCAUCAAUGUACAGAUCUAUGCCUCCAUCAAUGUACAGAUCUAUGCCUCCAUCAAUGUACAGAUCUAUGCCUCCAUCAAUGUACAGAUCUAUGCCUCCAUCAAUGUACAGAUCUAUGCCUCCAUCAAUGUACAGAUCUAUGCCUCCAUCAAUGUACAGAUCUAUGCCUCCAUCAAUGUACAGAUCUAUGCCUCCAUCAAUGUACCGAUCUAUGCCUCCAUCAAUGUACAGAUCUAUGCCUCCAUCAAUGUACAGAUCUAUGCCUCCAUCAAUGUACAGAUCUAUGCCUCCAUCAAUGUACAGAUCUAUGCCUCCAUCAAUGUACAGAUGUAUGCCACCUACAUGUACAGAUCUAUGUCUUCAUCAAUAUACAGAUCUAUGCCUCCAUCAAUGUAA